AGCCUUUUUGGGCUCAAGCCUUUUCGCAAAACGCACCGGGUUGGCGCAGACGCAGACGGCAGCGCGCAGGGCCAUGGCCAUGGUGGACAUGUUUUCCGACUUCGGUCUCGAGGUGCAAGAGGCCAAGCUGCGCCGCGCCAACGAGCGCAGCAGGACCUGCCACCGCAAGCGCAUGGAGUACGCCCGCUCCCGCGGCGCGAGCUCGGUGCCGCCCCGCGCCUGCGGCCUCCGCGGUGCGGUCCGCGCCGCCUCGCGCACGUGCCUCUCGCGCGGCGCGGUGGAGACGGGCUCGGACCUGCCCCGCAUCUCCAGGGCCGAGGCCCAGGGCAGGCCCUGCCGCGGCCACCGCCAGAAGGCGGCCUCCGUCACCCCGAUGCUGAAGGCCGUGUCCUCGCCAGCGGUGCGCUUCCUCGCCGCGCCCACUGUGUCCGAGGACCGAGGGGGAGCACGCGUGGGCUGGGGACGACUGGAAGGACGUCGAGCUGCCCCCGGCGGAGGACGCGCCCUCCACGCAGGUGGCCUCCGACUCCGAGGGCCACGCGGGCCUCGAGGACGAGGACGAGGAGGAUGCCAGGAGUGCCCUCGACACCUCCGCCCUCGAGGAGGGCCCGCAGCACGAGGUCGGCGAGGUGGGCGUCGAUGCCGACGCACCCAUCGAGAUGACGGAGGAUAAGACUGAGGACCUGCUGCCGCAGGCGGAGGGGGCGGAACAGUGCACGCCGCAGGCCCCCGCCGCGAAGGACCCGUCGAAGCGCGAAGAGAUCCUUCGGCAGAUUGUGUCGCGGUUGCAGGAGCAGGUUGCAGAAGCCAACCAUGCAGCUGGCGAGGCCAGGACCCAGGCGCAGGAGGCGGAGCUCAAGGCCGCAGAGGCGGAGGCUGCCGCUGCGAAGGCCUCGGGCGCGCCUGGCGGCUCGAAGGCGACGCUAAAGCAGGCCAGGCAGGCGGAGAAGCAGAUGGCCAGCGAGCUGCGCAAGAAGCGCAACCAGGCCGCGCGGUGCCAGGCGAUCAAAGAGACGGCCGACAGGACCCUGCGGGAGGCCCAGGAGAUCAAGGAGCGGGCCGAGGACGAGGCCCUCGCCAUCAGGGCACGCCUCCUCGGCGAGGCGGACCUCGAGGCGCGCGCUGCAGCGGAGCUUCGGGCCAGCGAGGAGAUUGCGCGUGCGCAGGCGGAGGCAGAGUUCAUGCUCCGCGAAGGCUCGGAGCAGCUGGCCCUUGCCUGGGAGGAGAUGCGACGCCAGGCCAGGGCCGAGGCGGAGGAGGCCAGGCGUGCCGCCGAGGAGGAGGCCCGGGCCAUCCGCGAGCGCGCCGACUCGGAGGCCCGUGCGCUGCGCGACACGGUGAGGGAGGACGUGGUCACGCUGAAGGCGCGCGCCGAGGCCGAGGCCAGGGAGCUUGCCGAGACACAGGCGAGGGAGAUCAAGGAGAGGGCCAUGGCCGACGCCAAGGCUCUCCGGGCGCGCGCGGCCGAGCAGCUCCGGGAGAAGGCGCGCCGCGCCGCCGAGGAGGAGCGCCGCGCCGGGGAGGAGAGGCAGGCGCGGGCCGCGGCCGAGGCGCUCAGGGCGCAGCGCGCCGCGGAGGCGCAGGCGAGGGCCCAGGCCCUGAAGGAGGCCAAGGCCCUGGAGCAGCAGCGGUCCAGCCAGCUCCGGAAGGGCGCGGAGCGCGAGCGCCGGCGCGCGCAGCUCCAGGAGCGCGAGGCCGAGGCGGCGAGGGCCCGGGCGGCCCGGGAGCUCGCCGCGGCCAAGGAGCAGGCCGAGGCCCUCCUGAGAGCGACGAGGGCGGAGGCGAUCGCCAAGGCCAGGGCUGAACAGGACGCUGCCCUCCAGGCCGCCGCAGACGCCCGCGCGAAGGCCGAGGCGACGGUGGCGGAGGCGAACGCGAUCCGGGCCAGGGCCGAGCAGGAGGCCGCGGCCGCCAGGGAACAGCUGGCGAGCGCCAGCGCCCAGGCGCGGGCGGAACUGGGCGCCCUGCGAGCUGAGGCCGCGGCGACCGAGAGGGGGGGCGACGCCCAGGACCUCGAGGCGGACUGGGAGGUCGUCGGCGUGCACCCCGCGGCGGACGAGGAGGGCUGGGAUCUUGCCUGAGAAGCGGCCACCUCGGCCGCAACGUCGGCCCUCCUGUGCCGUGCGCCGCUGUGCGCCCGGGGCGCGCGGGUGUGCGCGCCCCGGGCCGCGCGCAUCCGUCCGUCGCCCUGGGUUGGCACGGUCCUGGGGUCUGGCAGGGGCGCCAGGAGGCCGAAAAUAACGGGAAACUUGCCG